CUCUGCUUCAAACACCCAAACUGCCUUGUUUUUAAAAAUAAAAUCCUAAUCAGCCAUGUGGAAGCAGGGGUUAUGACUUCUCCCCUCUUUGAGUCUGCAGGGGUUCGGUGUGCGAGACCAGGUCCAGACAUGUCUGAUGGAGCCAUGUCAGGGUCUUGUUAGAGGCUUUGUUUAUCCUGCUGUAGCUCCGCUGCUCCCAGCGUUGACACUAACUGCCACUUGGCUGCAAACAUGUAUCUCCAUCUGUCACCAAACUGCCUCGCUUUCCGUUCUGGUCCCUGGUGAGAGUUCCCGCUCCUUAUCAUCUAAGACCAGCCCGGGGUGUUCCUGGGGAGAUUACAGCCAGCUUUACACUGCAACAUUUCUGUCAAAACUGUUUGUGUGGUAGAGUCACGUCGUCUUAGGGGUGGGUCUCCAGUUUCUGGUCCUCCAGGUCCUUCUGGUCCUUCUGGUCCUCCAGGAUCCGUCCCCGUGGCCGGGACUAACCCAAGUGUUUGAAGCAUGCCCUCCUUCAUGCACAGGUCCAGUCACACGUGACCCGUCAUCUUCAUCAGUCACUGCGUGGGCAGGACUGUAGGCGACCCUCCUCAUCCUCCUCCUCAUCGGCAGACAGAUGCUGACAGAUGUGUUCUGUUGAGAAAGAUGGCCGGGGGCCCGGUGGACCCCAGGGAGAUUCUGAAGGGGGUGGAGGCUCUGCUGGGGAAGGACGGAGAGCUGCGGAGCCUGGAGGGAGUGCCCAAGGUGUUCAGCCUGAUGAAAGCGUCCACGAAGAUGGUCAGCAGGUGUAUGUACCUGAACAUCCUGCUGCAAACCAAGUCCCACGAUAUCCUCAACAGGUUCAUCCGAGUGGGAGGAUACCGCCUGCUGAACUCGUGGCUGACCUACUCCAAGGGCAACAACAACACCCCCCUGUUGCAGCUCAUCCUGCUGACGCUGCAGAAGCUGCCCCUGAAGGUGGACCACCUCAAACAGAACAACACAGCCAAGCUGGUGAAGCAGCUGAGCAAAACUGCAGAGACUGAAGAGGUGAGGAAGCUGGCGGCGGUGCUGGUGGACGGCUGGAUGGCUACGAUCCGCUCCCAGAGCCUCUCCAGCAGCUCUCCCGCAGAUAAGAAGAAGAAGAAGGAGGAGAGCAAAGCACCGGUGAAGGAGGUGAAGGAGAAGCCUGUAGAGGAGGAAAAGAAGAAGGAGAAGCCCAAAGCUCACGCUCCCAGCCACACCAAGUUCCGCUCCAUAGGACUGGAGAUCGAUGUUCCAAACCCCCCGCCGGUGAAGAAGCCGCCCGUUGCCCUCCAGCUUGGGGACAAGUACAACAUCAAACCCCCCCUGCUCAAGAGGCCCAGCUCCGGGCCGUCAGACAUGCCCCCUCUGGAGAAGAAGUACAAACCCUUGAACACGCCGUCAAACGCUGUCAAAGAGAUCAAAGUGAAGCUCAUUCCAGCUCCACCCAUGGAGGCCACAGGAUUCCUUGACGCCCUGAACUCUGCCCCGGUGCCUGGCAUCAAGAUCAAGAAGAAGAAAUCCAGCGCUGCUGCUGCUGCUGCUUCUCCUCCCAACGCCAAAGUCGUCUCACCAACGUCCAACAAGGCGAGUCCGUUCGACACCAAACCUGCUUCAUCGUCUACCAAACCGUCGUCUCCAGAAGCUGCAGCCUCCACCACGCCUGUGGAUGAAGGUCAGGAGGCGGAGCAGCCCGGCACCCCGGUUCCUGCGGAGGACCCAGAGGCCUCAGACAACGGCGAGAAGCCGAAUGCUCUGUCAGAACCACGAGGGGAAGAAGAAACUCUGAACAAGAAAGGAAAGAAGAAGAAGAGCGUCCACUGGGCCGAGGAGGAGCAGCUCAAACACUACUUCUACUUUGACCUGGACGAGACGGAACGAGUCAACGUCAACAAGAUCAAGGACUUCGGAGAGGCCGCCAAGCGAGAGCUGAUGAUGGACCGGCACACGUUUGAGAUGGCCCGCCGGCAUUCCCACGACGCCAUGGAGGAGAGGGUUCCCUGGACGCCGCCGAGGCCCCUGAUGCUGGCGGGGAGCCUGGUGACGUACGGAGCCAACAGCACGGAGAAACUGACCCAGAGGGACCGGGAGAUGGGGAUCCUGCAGGAGAUCUUCCUCAGCAAAGACAGCGUUCCUGACAGUCCUCAUGAACCAGAUCCUGAACCAUACGAGCCCAUGCCCCCCCGACUGAUCCCCCUGGAUGAGGACUCGUCGAUGGCGGACGACGGCUACGCUGAGCCCAUGGACACCUCCGCCCAGCCGGGCUCCGGCCAGCCUGGCGACCCCAAGCUCCCCCCUGUUCUUGCCAACCUCAUGGUCAACCUCAGCAACAGCAGCAGCUCGCGCAGCCCCCAGGCCUCCAACACCUCCACCAGCAACGCUGCUGCUCCCAGCGUCAACGUCCAGGAGCUGCUGACGUCCAUCAUGGGCGCGUCAGGAAGCCAGUCCACGGAGGAGCUGAUAAAGCAACCGGACUUCUCGGAUAAGAUCAAGCAGCUGCUGGGUUCCCUGCAGCAGAGCCAGAACCAGGGCGGACCUCCUCCAGCCGUGAAUCCGGGGCUGCUGGGACACGGGCCGCCCCCGAACAACGUCAACAUGAACAACAUGAACAACAUGAACAACAUGCACAUGCCGAUGCCCAUGAACGGAGGAUACCCCCCUAACGCCGCACCCGGGGGGCCCCGCUUCAACCACCCACCACCCCCGCACAACCACGGACCCCCCUUCAACGCAGGCGGAGGCCCCCGCAUGAUGGGGCCCCCGCCCGGCCAGGGCCGAGGAGAAAACAACGGCGGCUACUGGGGAGACGACUCCAUGAGAGGGGGGCCCCACAGGGGGGGGCACUUCCACAGAGGGGGCCGGGGGCGAGGAGGAGAGCCCGGCUUCAGGGGCCGAGGACGGGGCGGGCCCCGAGGAGGACACAACAACAUGAAUGACAUGUCCAAGAGGCCCGUGUGUCGACACUUCAUGAUGAAGGGCAGCUGCAGGUACGAGAGCAACUGUGCUUUCUACCACCCCGGCGUGAACGGACCCCCGCUGCCCCCCAGCUACUCGGGCAACCAGCACGGACACUAGGGGAGGAGCCGGCCCCUGGAGACAGCCCAGCGCUGGUCGGACUGACCCAAACACCAAACAAGUACAGGACGUUAUGAGCCCAAUGGCUGACGGGACUCUGGUGCUUUAACCGCGUCCGGUUUGAACGGUGAGACUGAAGGAGGCGCCGCAUGCGGCCGCCUCGCCUGCAGCAGCAGGAGCGCGUCACGCGACAAUCACCGAGACAGUCGGUCCUGAUCCAGAUCCGUGCGUCCACAUGGAGGCCGUGUGGUGGAGGUGACGCUCCUCUGAGGUCACCUGUAAAGUGUUUUCUGUGAAAACAGUCAUAGCUCAUCUCUGUGGGACUGUAAAAAUGUAAAGUUUCCCCAAGCUCCUCCCCCUAAUGCUAUGUUUUUGAUACCGUCGUGAACGUGGACCUCCAACGAGGGUUUUUUUUUUUUUUGUGUCAGUUUGUAUAAAGCUCUUAUUUUCAGGGUUUUUUUGUUUCUUUUUUGUAUACAGUUUUGAAUAAAUGUCCAAACAUACGUG